AUGAGUUUAGAUGGUCACAACAAGCUUCCUAUGGGAUACAGUCUCCACGAUGGCUACCCUUCAGUUCCUCAUUAUCUACACCUUCGCGCAGCAUCCGGGUUGUCCCCAAAAACACAAUCACAGGCCACCGCCGUUUCCAUGGGAAGUUGGCAUGGUUGCUACAUCACAUACGAUGCACCUGGUGAAGAGUCACUGCCGAUCGGAAUGGGAAGAAUAAUUGGCGAUGGGGGCUGGUAUUUCCAUAUCGCCGAUAUGGCCGUCCAUCCUGAACAUCAAAAGAAGGGACUCGGGAGUGUGAUCCUCAAGGCGCUUCUUCAGAGAAUCCAUGCAGAAUCCCCUGCAGAUGGCAAACCCUACAUCACGCUUUUUGCCGACGAACCCGGCCGGAGGUUAUAUUACAGAAAUGGAUUCGUGGACUCGGCACCUGGACAAUUAGGCAUGGCUUGGAAGCCAUAA